GGUUCUCAUGUCAACAAGGGAAGAGUACUAGUUAAUCGUCAUGUCGUUAUCAUCACAAGCAAAGUAGAAGGCAGGAAAACUGCAUAUCGCGCCUACUCAUAUAUGGUCGGCCGCAUUAUGUGAUCACGUUUAAUAAGAACUUAUGGUGUAAUUUAUUAUAGAUAAGUCAUGUCGCGCUUAAAGGGAAUUUUGUUCUCCUUUUUAAUGUUGUAUAGCAGCACUUUUGGUGCAAUCUUUUUCCUAACUCCUCUCAUUCCUCUGGUUUUCUUUCAACCAAAAGUAGGACGACAAAUGAUGGAUCAAAUGAUUUGGAUUUGGCAAAUUUAUGCCGUGUUUUUGAUUGAGAAACUGUGUGGGGUGAAGGUCGUGAUCACAGGAGAACCAGUAGGAUGUGACGAUAGCACCAUCAUUCUGAUGAACCACAGGACACGCUUUGAUUGGCUGUUUAUCUUUUCUUAUAUUCUGAGACACGGACCUCUACGUAGAUUUAAGAUCAGCAUGAAAGAUGUCCUUAAAUAUGUUCCAGGGCCUGGUUGGGCAAUGCAGUGUGCUGGUUACCUCUUUCUGCAGAGAAAAUGGGAGGCAGAUAAAAAGAUUAUACUGAGAUGCCUAACUUACUUUAGGAAGCUUGGAUACAAACCUCAGAUUCUCUUUUUCCCCGAGGGAACAGAUUUAACUGCCAACACAAAAGCUAGGAGUAACAGAUUUGCAGAGAAGAACAACUUGGAGCCCUAUGAAUAUGUUCUCCAUCCCAGAACUGCUGGCUUCUCAUUUCUAGUGGAAAAAAUGAGAGAAGUGAUUACUCUGGAUUCUAUUCUGGACGUCACCUUAGGAUACCCAGAAAACAUUCCACAGAAUGAAAUGGACAUCCUGGAAGGGAAGUUCCCUCGACAAGUUCACUUUCAUGUUGAGGCCCACCAGGAGGCCGAGUUACCCAGGGACAGGGAGGGGGUGGAGAGGUGGUGUCAGGAAUGCUGGCAAAGGAAGGAAAAAAAGCUGGAGGAAUAUUACACCAAAACCAAAGUGUUCAGCAAUAAGCCAAUCCAAACCUGUGUUAGGGACGAACAAGAGGUAGAACACUUGUUCAAGUUUGCCUGUUUGUUCUGGACUGUGUUUGAGAUUUGUGUUAUAGUGUUCUUGAUAUAUGCUCCUGUUCUCAGGUGGUUCUCUUUAUUCUCUAUCAUCACAUAUUUGUUGAUUAGUAAAUAUGGUGGAAUUGAUGCAUUAUUAGACAGCGAGGCAUCAGAUUUGUGUAAAUGAGAAGUUUAUAUCAUAAAUUUUAUCAUUAUACUGGUUUUGUAUAGGAUUUUUAAAUUUUAAAUAUCACAUGAAUUUUUCUGGAGUUUGUAAGAUUUGUAGAUUAUUUAUAAUGUUAAUAUUCUUAAUUUUAUCUUUUUACUUUGUUUUAUUGUAAAAAUUGUAUAUUCUUCAGAGUGUAUAGAAAAUGGCAGUUUUUGAAGAUUUUUAUAUGUACAAAUUUAUUCAGGGUGAUUGACCACAUCAGUUUGACAAUUUUUUUUUUCAGCCUUCAAACUUAAUUUAACAGUUAAGUUUUAUAAUUUACCUGCUACAUAUGAAUGCUAUCACAGGCAUGUAGUAGAAAAAUUAAUGUACCUACAGGUAAUACAAAUAUAAAAGUUUACUUCUGACACCCAAACAUUGUCAUUCAAAAUUAAAUCCAGAAUCAGCAUUAGUAGCAGAAUCUACCAAAGAUUUUUUUUUCCAGUCUACAUGUAUUACCUUUAAUACAUUUUUAAAAAAAACUUUAAUAGUUUUUGUAAACCCAUUACUUACUACAGGUGUAUAAAUGGAUGUCUUGCAGAAAACAAUUUAUUACAAAUCAAUAGCUUUAAUGUUUCAUUCUUAAACAAAAGCAGUGUUGUUGAAAUCAAAUAAUAGGCAUUUUUAUAAUUCCUCUUGAUAUUAACUUUUCACUACUCUGAGAGAUUAGGAUCUAUAAAGUUGGGGAGAGUUUUG